AUGAAGGCUACUCUUUUGGCCGACGAAUUUGGAGCUAUUUAAGACAAUGACAUAUUUAAGUUCUUCUUCUUGUCGACAUUUUUUAGUAGAUGUCUCGGUUUGCUGUUAAAUGCAAACACGACGUAGACAUUUUCAUCCAGGAAAGAUAAAAGGUAAAAACCUAUUUUCACACGACGGCAGAAAUCAAAAUCGUCGUCUUCUUCAAAUCUUGGAAAUGGCUCCCAAAUUAAAAUCUUUGCUUUUGCGGUUGUUGUCGAAAAACAAACUCGACAAUACUACCACCAACGCUUCUUCUUCGCCUUCUCCACCACCACCUCCUCCACCUCCGCGUCCAUCGUCGCCUCGGAUGGCGGCGACUCCUCCUCCACCACCGCCGACGUCGUCCGCCACCUCAAUUCUCUCCCGCAAUUCGACCCGCCAAGCUUUCCCUUCUCGGAACCUCAAUCCGAACCCGACCCACCUCCCUAACCGUCCCAAAGUCCUUACCUUGGCCACUAAAAGCUCCUCCCAAGACAAAAACACGCCCGCCGACGAGAAACUCACGGGUUCCCCAACGUCACCGCAGCUGCCGCUUUCACCGCCGGGGAAGAGAUCCUUCGGGGUGGUCACCGGCGAGCUUUUCCUCGGAAUUGCUUCAAGGAUUUUGAAGUCCAGCCAACAAGGGGGUUCCCCUCCUUCUGGCGCGGGCGAUUCCGGCAUCUUGAUGUUCGAUAAGUCGAACGGGAAUGCCGAUUACGAGGAGAGGAUUGGGAAGGUUAUGGAGGACGAGAUUCAGCCGGAGGUUAUUUGGGAGCAGAGGGUUAAGGAUGUGGAGGCGGAGGAAGAGCGACGAGUUGUGACGAGCCCUGGCUUUAGUUUCUCUGCUGCUGGGUUGCUCUUCCCUUACCAUUUAGGGGUCGCCCAAUGCCUUAUUGAGAAAGCCUACAUCAAGGAUACUACACCACUGGCUGGAUCUUCUGCUGGUGCCAUCGUCUGUGCGGUGAUUGCCUCUGGUGCUACCAUGCAGGAGGCGUUAGAAGUGACGAAAACCCUGGCUGAAGACUGCAGGCUAAGAGGCACUGCAUUCCGGUUGGGGGCAGUUCUCAAAGAUGUGCUAGGAAAGUUUCUUCCUGAUGAUGUUCACAUUCGGUCAAAUGGGAGGGUUCGAGUUGCUGUGACGCAAAUUCUGUGGCGGCCUAAGGGUUUGCUGGUAGAUCAGUUCGACUCCAAGGAAGACCUCAUAAAUGCAGUUUUUACUUCCUCCUUCAUUCCAGGGUAUCUUGCUCCAAGGCCUGCCACCAUGUUCCGCAACCGACUUUGUGUAGAUGGGGGAUUGACGUUGUUUAUGCCUCCAACAUCUGCUGAUAACACGGUUCGAGUAUGUGCUUUCCCAGCCAGUGGAAUGGGACUCAAAGGAAUCGGGAUCAGUCCCGACUGCAAUCCUGAAAACAGGGCAACUGCAAGACAGCUUUUCAGUUGGGCACUAGAGCCAGCAGAGGACCACGUUCUCGACCAGCUCUUCGAGCUCGGAUACCUAGAUGCAGCCGUGUGGGCUGAGCAGAACCCAGUUGAGCAAGUCGUCCAGGAUGACGACAGUUCGUCCCUGGGAAGUGCUUCUCCACUAUAGCUGCUUCUGAAAUGGAGCAACAUCCUGCAUCUUGACAUGGAAGAACAGGUGAAGAUAUGUAAUGUUUAUGUUUGUACAGUUUAGGGGACAUCUCAGUAGGAAAGAAGUCUUGAAUAGGAAACUGAAAAUUAAAGGAAUGACAUAAACUGCAGCUGUACAUUCAAAGUGGUAUGUAUCAAUGAAGAAUAUUAAUAUAUUAUCACCAAUUUAUUGGGUAUGAUUUUACGUCUUGAUUUGGGACGGUGUAUUAACUCAUGUUCCUUUUCACGCGAUGAUACGUGUUAUCCAAUGAUAAAAAAAACAUUGAAAAAAGUCAUUAUAAUGAU